UGAGUCACAACUGCCGACUGCCGACUGCCGAGUGCCGACUGCCGACGGUUAUUCUGCAUUUCUUGUCUUCUUGAUUUUUCGUCAAAAUUACGUAUCGUCAAUCUUUCGUGUUCUCGAUAAUUUGCAAUUUACACUUUUAUGGCAUUUAUGAAAGAUUUCAUAUAAAAGCUGAAGUUAAAGAACUAUUGAAAUCAAUUAUCUAAUAAAAUAAAUCGUAAAUUCGUAAACACGCAGUACAUAAGCUAUUCGAUUCGAAAUUGAAUUACUAAUAGAUUAAUUCUAAACUCCUACACAGUACUAAAUUCUGUCGAGUGAGAUGAAUUGUAAAUCGUUCUAUUAAUAAUUCCAUUGCCCAGUUGGCAGAGUUUAUUGUAUAAAUAAUAAAUAAUUAGGAUGGUAUUAGAUAAAUGUGAUCACACAAUAUUUUGAUAACUGAUAAACAUUAAAAUGAAGAAAAACUUCUUGAAAAGUAGCGUUGAAAACGCUUCACUCAACAUACUCUUGCAAAUUGCAUUUCGAUGUUUGACAUUUGUUAUUAACGCUUUUGUGUUGCGGCAUGUCUCUCAAAAUGAAAUAGGAAUUACCAAUGUCCGUUUAUUAUUGCUCGAGUCAACAAUUUUGUUUUUGAGCAGAGAAGCAUUUCGCCGUGCGUGUUUAACAGAUACCUUGCAUCAUAAUUGGCUCAAGGUCAUCAAUCUCAUUUGGUUCUCUGUACCAUUAUGUGCCACCAUUUGUGGAAUAUGUGGCUUCAUUUGGCUUCGAUUGUUGAGCCAACCUGAUAUUACAGUUACUACUUAUUAUGAAUUUGGUGUAUGGUCAAUUCUCAUAAGUUGCAUCAUUGAACUAUGCUGUGAACAGUUAUAUAUUGUAGCGCAAGCUUUCUUAUUUGUUAAGUUGCAGGUUGUACUAGAAAUAAUAAACAUUGCUGUUCGUACAAUUGUUUACACCACAAUGGUGUUGUAUUGGAAUGGCCAGAAUGCUGUACUAGCAUUUUCAUUUGCACAACUUGCAUCAGUCAUAGCAUAUACAAUGUCGUUUUACCUAUACUUUUGGUAUUAUACAAAAAAAAACAAAAAAGAUUUUCCAUUCAAAUCCAUGUGGGAAUUUUUUCCAAAUUUUACUGGAAAAAAAUGGUCUGAAUGUGUCGAUUUUUCAUUACUAAUGUUGUUGUGGAGUUUCUUGAAACAAGGAUUUAUGAAACAACUAUUGACUGAUGGUGAACGUUAUGUAAUGACAUUCUUUAACACAUUACAAUUUGAUCAACAAGGUGUAUAUGAUGUUGUUAACAAUUUGGGAUCAUUAGCUGCUAGAUUUUUGUUCAAACCUGUUGAAACAGCAGCAUACUUUUAUUUUAGUCAACUUGUUCAAAGAGAAGUGCCGAUCCAAACACAAAUCAAACAGGAUUCAAACCGCAUAAAAGAAGCAGCUAGCGUUUUGGAAUGUCUGUUACGUGUCAAUAGCUCUAUUGGUCUAAUUGCACUAUCUUUUGGACAAGCAUAUGCUAAAUUAGCAUUAUUUAUCUAUGGAGGAUCAACAUUGGCUACUGGAAUUGGACCAGUGUUGUUACAAAUGCAUUGUUUGGCCAUUUUAUUUUUAGCUGUCAAUGGUAUCACUGAAUGUUAUGCAGCAGCUACUAUGAAUGUUGCUGAAUUAAACAAAUACAAUGUAGAAAUGGUUGUAUUAUCUGUGAUAUUUUUAUUUAUUUCUCUAUUGUUUUCUACACUUUUUGGCGGAAUUGGAUUUAUUUUUGCAAAUUGUUGUAAUUUUACAUUUAGAAUCAUCCAAUGUGGUCGUUAUAUUCUAUCUCAAUAUAAAAAUACUAAUUAUAAUCCACUUAAUGGAUUAAUGCCAAAAAAAUCAUUCAUUUGUUGUUUAACGAUGUCAACUAUUGUUACAAUGUACUCUCAAGAAAAAUAUUAUGAAGAAAACAAACUUACACAUAUUUUAAUAGGCGGUGCAUUGUUUUUAAUAACAAUAUCAGUUUGGUUGUAUGAAGAAAUAUCUACAUUUAAGUUUUUAACAAAAAUUUAUCGCUCAAAACACAAUUAAACUACUUUCCAAAAAGUUUUUAUGUUUUAAAAUCUUAUUAAAAUUAUAAUUUACUUAUUUAAAACUGAAACAAUUUAAGGAACAAUUAAAAGUGAAAAGUAAACUUUAACAAUUUUAAAGUAUGUACACAUUUCUAAUACAAUUCAUCUGUAGGAUAAUUUAAGUGACUUUAAAAUUUGUUUUUAAGAAUAUACUAUGUUAUACUAUAUUUAUAAAAAAAUAAAAUUUUAAUUAUUACCCAAU